UCCAUGGAUUUCGACGACCUCUUGCCACAUGUCGGAGAGUUUGGUCGGUACCAGAAACUGCUCAUCUUCUUCAUCUGCCUGCCAGCGUGCAUCCCGUGUGGCUUCCACGCCUUCAAUCAACUGUUCAUGAGUGCCACACCCCGUCAUUGGUGCCAGGUGCCAGAACUAGAGGCGGCUGGACUCUCCGCUUCGGCAGCCAGAAGCCUCUCUAUACCCAAGGAGGAGGAUGAGUUCAGUCAGUGCACUCAGUACCUGGUGGAAAACUACACUACGGAGAAUCUGGUACCUGACCCCUCCUGGCCCGUGGUGCCUUGCAGGAGCGGCUGGCACUAUAACACCUCGGUCGUCUCCUCCUCCAUCGUCAUUGAUUACGACCUGGUGUGCGACAGAGCUAUCUACCCGACCAUCGGUCUCUCUCUGCUCAACGUUGGAGGAAUUAUUGGCGUCUACGUCUUCGGCACCAUUUCUGACAGGUUGGGAAGGCGAGUGUCCUUCCUGGUGUGCUUGGCGGUAGAACAGGUCUUCGGUCUGGCCACAGCCUUCGCUCCGGACUUUUGGUCGUGGACCGCUUGUCGCUUCCUAGUCGGGCUCACCGUACCUGCCAUCUACCAGAUUCCCUUCAUCAUCUCCUUGGAGUUGGUGGGUCCUAGCUAUCGGAGCUUCGUGACGGUGAUGACCUGUCUCUCCUACGUGGGAGGAAUGCUGCUCCUGACAGUGCUGGCUUACUUCUUCAGGAAUUGGGUGCAUCUUUGCCUCGUCACUUCUCUUCCCUUCUUCACCUACGUCGUCUACUGGUGGUUCUUACCGGAGUCUCCACGCUGGCUCCUCUCUAAGGAACGUCUUGAAGAAGCUAAGAUGAUCCUUGUCAAGAUGGCAAAGGUGAACAAGACGGAGCUCCCUGAUGAGUUCAUGCAGAAGUUGCAGAACCGCAUGUUAGCCCAGCAGGCGCUGAGCACCAGCUCCGCCAGCAAGCAGACCAGCACUGGGUUCUUCAGCAUGUGUUACACACCUAACCUGCGCCUCAAAGCCAUCCUCAUCACUAUAAUCUGGUUCGCCAACGAAACAGUGUACGUGGGACUGAGUUAUUACGGGCCUGCCCUGGGCCACAAUGAGUACCUCUCAUUCUUCCUCUCUAGCGCCGUUGAGGUGCCCUCUUAUCUUCUCUGUUGGAUCGUGAUGGAUCGCUGGGGCCGCCGCUGGAUUCUAGGAGUGGGCAUGAUCAUUGGUGGCAUAUUCUCUGUCUGCACUGUUCUCGUUCCUGAAGUCAAGCUUAUAUGUUGCAUCAGUCAUCCCUGCAACAGAAGUGAACCCCUGCAACAACAGGGAUCCCUGCAACAACAGGGAUCCCUGCAACAACAGGGAUCCCUGGAACACGAAGAAUACUACUCUGUAAAAUCAGGGAUCCCUGCCACACCAGAGAUCCCUGCAACACCAGAGAUCCCUUCAACACCAGAGAUCCUUGCAACACCAGGGAUCCCUGCAACACCAGGGAUCCCUACAACACCAGGGAUCAAUGCAACACCAGGGAUCAAUGUAACACCAGGGAUCAAUGCAACACCAAGGAUCCAUGAAACACCAGGGAUUCCCGCAACACCAGGGAUCCCUGCAACACCAGGAAUCCUCUGUAAAACCAGGGAUCCCUGCAACACCAGUGAUCCCUACAACACCAGCAAUCCCUGCAACACAAGGGAUCCAUGCAACAACCGGUUCCCUACAACACCAGGGAUCCCUGCAACACCAGGAAUCCUCUGUAAAACCUGGGACCCUUGCAACACCAGAUAUCCCUGCAACACCAUGGAUCCCUGCAAAACCAGGGAUCCACUGCAACACUAG